AUGUUCGAGGAGACAUCGUCGGAGGGCCGGUGUAAUAUGCUGGCCAGGACGGACAUUACACCAUCCAACGAGAAGAUCAUGGAGUGUCGUCUUUUCUUCGGCGGUGAGGUUCUUGUGGUCGCUGAUAGUGGCAUUUGGACCUCGAGUCUUCGCGCAGUUGACGUCGCGGCGCAUUUCAGCAAGAGUGAAGAUGUUAUCGGUACUGAUCGUGAAGGGCCUGGUACAUAA